CCCGUGGAGGUAGCGCUGGGCGGACUACGUCCGGAAGGCUCGCGCGCACACGGGCCGACCGAAUCGGCGCUUAUUUUGGCCGACUUUAAUCCCGGCUACCUCAGUCCGGACAUUGUGGAUGUACAUCUCUCCGUGCCAAGUUCGCAGCUCGUCUUCUACGGAGCUUUGCUCCGCCAGUUCAUUCAUGUCAAGGCAAGCUUCUUUUUCCCCCAUCUAGUCACUAACCUUGAAGGUCUGGCAUACACCGCUUUAUCGAUUAUCCGAUAA